AUCGAAUUUUUGGGAAUGAAAUUUUGAAAAUUAUUGCUUUUUAUUUUCAAAAGUUGAAAUUGGCAUUCAAAUCAAUGAGUUCGAAUUUUUCAGAGCAAGUAACCUUCUACUAGAAGAUUUUAGGUAAUAAGUUGAUUAACUUUUCUCAGACUUUUUAACUUUUUGAUUAGUCUUAGAUAGUAUAUUUUGAAAAAUAACGCUUUGCUAUAUGCCAUCUUCUUCAAAGAAAAAAUUUGCGUUAGCAAUUUAUAUUACGCUGACGGGACCUAUUUCUACUUCCCCCCGUUUCGUGCAACUUAACAUUGUUUGAUUGCCAUGCAAGCAGUUAUACUUAAAAAAGAGGAAGUAACUAGUUCGUGAAUUUCAUGUUGAUUUUUGAAGAAAGUUGAAGGAAAAAUUCAUUGCUCUAAGAAUAUCUCUGGCUGCUGGCAGGAAUAGAUGCCCCAGUUGGAAUUUCUUACAGACAGGUCUGAAAAUAACCCCAGGUAUAACAAAUAUUGUCAACUAAAGGAAAACUUAAUCUCGCAUUUGGGCUUCAGAAGACAAGGGGAAUCAACAUAUGUAGUUACGAAUAAUUAAUGAUGACCUCAUUUGCCGUUUAAACUCGUGUAUUGUUAUAGAGAGUUUUUUGAAAAAAAGUUCUGAUUAAAUAUAAUUUAGGUAAGUUCGCAAGUUGUUUGGGCUUUGAUGAAUAAAAAAAUGAAUGUUUCUGGAGCACGCCCUAAAAGGCACUCAAGAAAUGAUGAUAAUCAAAGUGAUGGCAAUGAAGGCUCUGAUGGAAAGGAUGAUGAUAGAAACCGAAAUAUUGAUCAAGAUAAUGAUAAUUCAGAGCAAAGUCAUGAUAACGAUGGGGAACUUGGUGAUGGUACUCCUCAUAAUGAAAUCGAUGCUCAAAAUGAAAAAAGUGCAAGUAGUGAUGGAUCAAAAAGAGUCAGCCCAAUUUUAUUUGAAGAACGAGAACCAAAGAAGAGUACCACGUCUAGCUACAAACCACCUAGAAGAUAUCCCAAUCGAGAUUCUUUAUUAAACAGGCAUAGAGAUCUAGCACAAGAGAAUAAAAGACUUCUUGCCUCCACUGUAACUCGAAACUCAUCACUGGCACCUCUACUCAGAGAUGGAGCAGGCUUAGGAGGAAUCUUAGGAGACAUACCGGAUUAUUACACUGACGAGGUAACUGUACAGUUUUUGAAUGCUCAAGUAAGAAGUUUGAAAGAAGAAUUAGAAACAUUAAUACGAGAAUGUGUUGAUAAGGAUGAAAUGAUAUUAUUGCUGGAACAACGAUUGAAAGAAACUGAAAUUGACAGAACAAAACUUCAGAGGGAAAACUCUAACAAAGAACAACAAAUUGAAAAAUUACAGAAAACUUUAGAUGAAACAAAGGAAAAAUGUGAUAGAAUAAAAAAGGAGCUAAGUUUUGUUAAUAAGGAAACUGAUAUCCUGAAACAAGGCCAGCGGCAGGCAGCAUCAUUAAAAUCCAGUUUAGAGGCAAAGCUUACUCGUGCUUCUGAAGAAAACGAAAGAAAUAAAAAUGAAAUUCGUCAAUUGAAACAAGCUAAUAAGGAAGCCCAAGAAAAUUAUCAAAGGAAGAUGGAGGAGUUGUCUACAGAAAACAGAAGAAUUGACAAGCAAAAUUCUGAAUUACAUAAUGCUAUUAAAAAGCAAAUGCAACUUAUUAAUAAUUUGAAACGACAAAAGAUGCAUGUUGAAGCUGCUACAGCUGUGCAGUUUUCAGAAGAUGAGUUUAUGAAAGCCCUUGAUCGAGGUACCUGAGGUAUAGCAAAUUUAAAAAAAAAAUAACAAUGUAGAAAGUUUGUUUAUACCUGGAUAUUAUAUGAGUGCCUUCUUUGUAUGUGUGUAUCCCUUUAUAAUUGUUUCUUCUCAUGUUAUGAAAAUGAAUAUAUGUUCAAAUAUAGUUAUGGGCUUUAGUUUGUAUAUAACAAAAUCUAUACAUAAAUACAGAUAUCCGUUAUAUUUUAUAAGAUAGUAUUCUUAAUAUAUAUGAAAAAUCCUGCAAUAUGAUGUAUAUAUUUUCACUUAUGAUUCUUGUGUGUAAAACAAUUAUUUAACUGAAAAAAUAGUGCAUUACUUACAUGAACCUGAGUUUGAGAAAAACUAAACCAAAUUACUAAAAUUUCGGCAAAAUUUUCUUUACAUCUCCUGCAAUUCUGAAGCUUUAAAAUUGAAGUGAAAGAAAAAAAUAUAUUUUAAAAAUUUUCCUAUGUUUUUUGUGAUUUUUUAUUACAAAUUAUCUGUAUAAGGAAAGAAUAGCUCAUUUACCAUGUGGUUUUUAGUAUUAUGUGUUGUUUUAUUUUUUUAAAUUACUUUAGUAAACCAAAUCUUGUAUGAUUUUACUUGUCUGUUAAAGAAGUUAUUUUUACGAUAUUUUUCUUUAUAUUUUUAAAUCAAAUAGAGAUAAUUUUUCUAAACAUGUUCAUUUUUAAAAUUUAUUUUUCCUAAUAUCUUUGAAAUGAUUGUAGUUUGAAAAUCUCUUUUUUUUAAGAAAUCACAUCUUGUUUACGAUGCACUGCACCAGUUCAGUGUUUCUCAAUUUUUUUUACUAGCAGCAUACUUUAUUUUUAUGUGACAUAUGUCAUUUUAACAUUUUAAUUAUAAAAAAGUACUAUUUUUAAUUGUUUAAUGGUUUUUCUUUACCUUAUUUGUUUGUAAAGAAAUAUACUCAAAUUAUGUAUUUUGUAUAAUUGUAAUGUAUGUUAAACAGUCUAAUUAAAUAUGUGCAUUAAUAUAGCUAUAUGCAAUUUUUAAACUAGUGAUAAUAAUUAUAGAAAAAUACCAUAUGUAAAUAUAUCUUAUAUACAAUAAUUUAGUAUAACUAUUCAAUUUUAAGUUAUGAAUUAUAUAAUUGAAAAAAUUCCAACGUAGGGUUUAAAAUAAUCCAGAUUAUGUUAAUUUAAUGCUGGUUAGGAUAAUAGAAUGAUUUUCAAAUUUGUGGCAUUUUUUAGACUGAUUGAUUUAAAAAUAAUCAUUGUUGGUGAUUAAUAUGGAUUAUUGAAUAUGACUUACACAUGUAAUAAUGGUCAGCAUCAAUGUUGAAUUAAAAUGUAGACCGGUGGGAAUUUCAUAGGUCAUCAUUAAAACGAAAAAUACACGAACAGUUAACAGACUAGAUAAUUUUACAUAAUUUUUAUUUACAACUAUGUGUAAUCAUUUUUGGUUUAAGACAUUAGUAAGCUUAAGUAUGGUACACUGACUUACUUUGUAUAUGACAAGCAGUUAAUAAAGCUUCAUUAAUUAACUUUAAAAAAGUAGUAACAAAUCCAGACAACAUAAAAAAAAUGCUCACCUUUUUAAAAAUCCCAAAAAAUAUUUACAAAUAAUCUUUCAGCUCAGGAGUGUCUUUCAAAAUGAUUAUUUUUACAUACUGAACCGUGACAGCCUUGUUUAAAAGUUGCUGCAGCAUCUGAGUAAUCUCUGGUAACAGACCUGAUACUUCUCUUGGACAACACAAAACAAUAUGAACAAAAAAAACUUGUAAAGAAAUUCAAAGAUAUCUUCUAGAUUUAUUAUAAAAGGAAUUUUUUGAAAUUCAUAAUUACUUUGAAGUUAUUUUACAUGUUGGAAAAUGAAAAAUCAAUUUGACUUAGUCGGUUUGGGCAGCCAA